ACCUUUUAAGUUCGUCUCUAAGCUACUAGCCAAUAACCCAAUCCGAAACGUGGCGUCUGAACUCAGAGUUUACUUAUACCAAGCAGAGGCCGGACGCUGUUUGAGCUCUAAGCUUGAGAUUCUGUUUUCAAAAAGCUUUUUCGCAAUCCUUUGAUUGUUAAUGUUACUGGAAUCGUAAAAGUGGAAUUUUCAGUUGCUGGUCAAUAACGAUCUGGAAAAGAUGCUAGCAUUACCCUCAACAAGGUUUCUUCUAUUGUUCGGGGAAUCGUUACCAUCGUCUAGGUUACCUAAAGUGCCUAGGAAUGUUUGGGGCCGGAUCAGUGUACGAUCUGUGAGUCAGGUUAAUCCUGAUAACGAACCUCUUACUCUUGCCAGCCUUGGUUUUAAAAGUGACAGUGAGAAAACAAACAAGAACAAAGCAAAUGAAAUCGAGAGGCUUGAUGUUUCUAAUGGAACACCCAAAAGUAAGUCGAGGGCUGUUGGAAGCAAUAGUAUAAAAUCAGUGAAGGCAGCUGGGGUGAAAAAAUCACUAGAAAUUGAAUCAGCUCCUUUUGCAGCAAAGUCAUUUUCUGAGCUUGGCCUCCCACAUUUGUUGCUAGAGAGGUUAGAUGUAGCAGGCUUCACGGUUCCAACUGAUGUUCAGUCUGCAGCAGUUCCAACAAUUCUCAAGGGUCAUGAUGUCGUGAUUCAAUCAUACACAGGCUCAGGAAAAACAUUAGCGUAUCUGCUUCCCAUACUUUCUGAAGUAGGCCCACUGAAAAAGAAAUCUCCCAAUGGCGAUGGUGAAUCUGGGAAAAAAAAGGAGAUUGAUGCGGUUAUUGUAGCUCCCUCUAGGGAACUGGGGAUGCAAAUCGUUAGGGAGGUCGAAAAGCUUCUGGGACCUGAAGACAAGAAAGUUGUUCAGCAACUUGUGGGAGGUGCAAAUCGAUCAAGACAGGAAGAAGCUUUAAAGAAGAACAAGCCAGCAAUUGUUGUUGGAACCCCUGGUCGAAUUGCAGAGAUCAGUACAGCUGGGAAGCUUCACACUCAUAGCUGUCGUUUCUUAGUUUUAGAUGAAGUUGAUGAGCUCCUUUCAUUUAACUUUCGGGAGGAUAUGCACCGGAUAUUGGAACAUGUGGGCAGGAGGUCAGGUGCUGACCCCCGUGGCUCAAUUGCGAAGUGUGCUGAGCGUCGGACCAUUAUGGUGUCCGCAACAGUUCCGUAUUCUGUUAUAAGGGCAGCUAGGAGCUGGGGGUCUGACCCACUUCUUGUCCAAGCUAAAAAGGUCAUGCCACUUGAAUCUGUUGCGCCCUCUGGACCUGUUAAUAUCUUAAAACCUACAUCUGGUUCAGACUCAAGUUUGCGGACUCAGGCGGCAUCGCAAAGCCUACCACCUGCUUUGAAACACUACCAUUGUGUCACGAAAUUACAACAUAAGGUUGAUACAUUGAGAAGAUGUGUACACGCACUAGAUGCCAAGUCAGUGAUAGCUUUCAUGAACCAUACAAAGCAGCUAAAGGAUGCUGUCUUCAAAUUAGAGGCCCGUGGGAUAGUAGCUGCAGAGCUGCAUGGUGAUCUUGGCAAGCUUGCAAGGUCAACAACUUUGAAAAAGUUCAGGAAUGGAGAAGUGAGAGUUUUGGUGACAAAUGAACUUUCAGCAAGGGGUUUGGAUGUGGCCGAAUGUGAUCUUGUGGUUAAUCUGGAGUUGCCUACUGACUCUAUCCACUAUGCACACCGAGCUGGUCGAACGGGUAGGCUUGGUAGGAAAGGAACUGUGUUAACCGUAUGUGAGGAGCCAGAAGUAUUUGUUGUGAAGAAGUUACAGAAGCAGCUUGGAAUCCCCAUUCCCGCAUGUGAGUUCACAGAAGGAAAACUUAAUGUCGUUGAAGAAGACUAGACUUUGGGGCUGCCAGGUGAUACAUGCUCUUCUUUUUCACUAUCAUAUUUGGAGCUUUACCCAGCCCUUUUUCCUGCUUCUAUAUGCCUUGCUUAUGUUAUAUCAAAGGAAUAUUUUGUGCCCUAGUGAGUUACAUAUAAUAUAAUGAAUGUAAGUUUAUGAUUUCUUUAUAUAUAAGCUUUUGGUUCGGGGGGAAGCCAAACAUAUAUUACCUUUUGCAUUUCAUGAUGUAUCUGAAAGUAUAUUUGAAAUAUGCGCAAGUUAAUGCAUGUUAGACCA